CCAUAGAUCUAAAAACUACCGCCAUGACAAACCACCGCCACUCUUCCCCUUUACCCUAUUGCUUCCGCCCCACCACCAACACCUCCUCCGCCGCCAAAAACCACCACACCACUUCGUCGCCUCCAUGCCUCUCCGGCAAUCCCAACCUCGCCACCUCUCUAUACCACACCGACUUGGGCUUAUUUGCCCUCACAUGGUCCCGCAAUCUCUUCGGCCGCUCCCUCCAUCUCCACCUCCUUCUCGACCACCCCUCCGCCGGCGCCUCCGACUACGACGACAACCUCUCUUUCCCUUCUCUCUCCACACCCUCCUUCCAGCUCCGCAUCAAGCCCUUCAUUUUCUGGAACAGACACGGCUCCAAAAAGCUCAAUAUCAACAAACCCACAUCCAAUAUCAAUAUUCAAAUCUUCUGGGACCUCACAAGAGCCAGAUUUGGACCUAGACCUGAACCCCAAUCUGGGUUCUACAUCGCCGUCGUCAUUGACGGAGAAAUGACCCUUCUUGUCGGCGACUGUCACAGAGAAGCUUACGCUAAAACCAAGGCUACAAAACCCGAAAGAAAUCAAGUUAUGGUUCUGAGAAGAGAGCACAUGUAUGGAAUCAAACUAUACACUACAAAGGCCAACAUUGCUGGGGAAGAGAGAGAGAUAUCUAUCGAUUGCAUACAUGGGGAUGAUCCAAGACUAUGUUUCUAUGUUGAUAACAAAAGGGUAUUACAGAUCAAGCAUUUGAAAUGGAAAUUCAGAGGAAAUGAGAGGAUUGAAGUUGAUGGGGUUCAAAUUCAAGUAUCAUGGGACGUAUACAACUGGUUGUUUGAAGAUGGUGAAGAUGGGUAUGCUCUGUUCAUGUUCAGAUUUGCGAAAUCAGAAUUUGAAGAUGAGUACUUUACCCAUUUGAAUGAUAGGAAUAGGUUAAUUUUGUGGUCUCAACAGUCAUGUGGGUUUGAAUUUGAGACCAAGAAGAUGAAGAAGGGGUUACUGAGAUCAGCUGGAAGCUCAACUUCAUCGUCGUUGUCUUCGGCCUCUUCGAGCUGUAGUUCUGUGAUGGAGUGGGCGAGCAUGGAAGAGAAUGAAUUGAAGGGUCCUUCUGGGUUUUCUUUGCUGGUUUAUGCUUGGAAGAGCUGAAGAUGAUAAAGUUCUAAUCUGGGUUUGUACUCUUUAAUUUGGUAGUUAUAUUUGUUUCUCUCACUAACCCAUUUGUUCAUGAACAUAACAAAAUAAGUUAAUGUACGAGCAGAAAAUAGGAUUAUAGUUCAUAGGGUUUAGAUCUAACAAUCUUUUAUUUCCUUUACCAAAAAGAAAAGAAGAACAGAAAAAAUCAUCUCCUUGUGUUGUGUCAACCUUCACAAUUUGAUUGAAUGUAUUGUUUAUAAUGUAAUAUAAAUUGUUAAACAGAUUGAUAUUGAAGAUUUGAUGUACCUGGUCAUUUCCCCAUUUAUGUGG